AUGACGGAGCACAACAGUGCAGUGGAUCCAAGAAUCCCGGUGCUGAAGGGCGAGACCCUCAAGGAUUUCACGAGGUACAAGCGCGCCGUGCAGGCGGCGGAGCUGAGCUGCGAGACGGAGGAUCAACUACAGGCGCUCGGCCCCAAGCUGUAUAGGAACCUGCUCGGCGCGGACAACAGCAUCAGCGUGCUCAUCGAGCAGACGGACCCCAAAGACUACGCGAAGAAGGAGGGGGCCCGAGCGCUGCUGGCAUACUUGGAGGCACAGCGCUUCGCCAAGAGCAGUUUUCGGGAGCUGCCGAAGGCAUUCGACGCCUUCUUCGAUCAGACGCAUUUCGAACGGAAAGGCGAGGAACCCAUGGCGGCGUUCUGCGCGGCCAUGGAGGUUGCCAAGCGUAACCUAGAGGAGGUGGACCCGGACACGAAGAUAAGCAGCAACGAGCUAGGGCACCACACUCUGAAGCGAAGCGGCCUCGACAAGGACGAGCGCAAUCUGGUGAUUGCACGGGCGGAGGAGACGUUUAACUUCCAGAAGAUCAGCAUGACGCUGAAGAACCUCUUCCCACGCGGCAGCGCGAAGCAUCGGGGACAAGUCAGAUCGGGCUGGAGAUGGACGAUGAACACCGAAGAGGAGCCACCCGACGAAGAGGAUCCAGGAGAAUACUGGGUACAGGAUGAUGACGGAUACUGGUACGAAUGGGACGACGAGCGUGGAAUCCACGCGUGUACGGACGAGGGUGACGACAACGGCUGGGACUGCAGCGACCUGUUCUUCAUCGAGGACGACGCGGACACGUUCCUGGCUGACGAGGACGACGACUACCGCAGGGCCCUCGUCACCCUGCGCGAGAGCCGCCCGAAGAUGAACAAGCUUCGGGCUGCUCGCGGGUUCUUCAAGGGAAGAAUCGACGGAGUCGUGGACGAGAGCGCGGCUGCUGGUGGCAAGGCGGCCGGAAGAAGAUUCUCCAAAGGCAACCCUGGCAAAGGAAAGGACAAGGGUAAGUCAAAGGACAAGAGGUGCACCAACUGCGGCCGGAUGGACCACGACACGGCGAACUGUCCGACUGGCGGCUCUACUGGCAAGACGGGCAAGCCCAAGGGCCGCGGCAAGGGACCGAAAGGAGUCCAACGUCCACGACGCUACGGCUUCUGGGCGAUGACGACCUUGGUCUGCGCCGUCCCGGCGUGCGUGAACUUCGUGGGUCAGAUGACCGCCGUGGGCGAGCUGGCCGACAGCGCCGUGGUGCAGACCGCUGAGGACGUCUACGACAUCACGACGGUGAGCGUGGAUAGCGAUCCGAUCGUGCCGGAGAGGCUCGAGUUGGAGGUGCUGGUCUCGAAGGAGGCCGUGCCGGCGGCCCUGGUGGACAGCGGCGCGUCGGUGGCAGUCGUCGGGCGCGGCUGGCUUGACCGCGUCGCGACCGAGCUCGCGAAGUACGGCCUGAAGCCCAUCAAGGUGGACGCCACGCAGAGGUUCAAGGGGCUCGGCGGUGCCAAGCGCGAAGCCAAGCAGAAGUGGAUCAUCCCCAUCGGCAUUGGGAGGGUCCAUGCUAUCCAGGAGUACUUCGAGAUCCCUGGUGACAUGGUCGGCCUCACGAGCAGGAAGAACCUGGCCGACUGGAAGACGAACCUCUACGUACGCGAGGACGGCCACUGGGCGGACUUCCAGGAGCUGGGGGUCUACGACAAGGAGCUGGUGAAGCUUCCAGGCGGCCACGCGGGUCUCGACAUCUUCGACUACGACCUUGAGUCGUACGAGACGGAGCCGCUCUUCGAGAAGUUCCGCAUCCACCAGGUCGACCCCGAGCCGGAGGUGUUCCUGGCCGCGGAGACGCUGCAGGAGGUCAAGCCGGCCUUGAAGAAUGGCAACAAGGGCAUUCUCAAGAAUUGCACGGUCAAGCGGAUCGACAAGCUCAUGAAGGAGUACGAGGUGAUAUUCGACGUGCUGCGUGACAACUCGGAGACCUUCCUCUGGGAGCUGUUUGCGAAGGAGGCUCGCUUUACUAGGGCGGCCUCGAGAGGUGGUCACGCGAAUGCGACCCCUUCAGAUCUGUCGGUUGGUGUGAAUUUCAAUGACCCCAAGGUUUGUUCCGAUUUCCUGUUCAUGAUCAAGAUCUUCAAGCCUUGGACGGUUUCGGUCGCGUUUCCUUGUACGCCCUUCACGAACAUGCAGGAGUUUCAGCGGGCGCAGGGCAUGGGCGACUGGGUCGAUGACAUGGUCGAGGAGUUUACGCCACUGGUCAGCUUCUCGGCGGACGUACUUCGACUUCAGGCUGAAGGAGGACGAAUCGGUAUCGGCGAGAAUCCGUUGACGAGCCGAGCGUGGAACCAAGAAUCGAUGACGGACCUGAUGAGCUGGAAAGACGACCGGCCACCAUCCUACGACACGGUCACGCUGCACCAGUGCAUGUACGGGCUCGUGGACGAGAACGGGACAUCGAUUCGGAAGGCGACGCGCAUGCUGGUACCAUAUGGGUCGUGUUUUCCUUCCUGGCUGGAACGCAGAUGUGACGGAGGCCACGAACAUGCGGAGACGGUCGGCCGGAGCGCGAUGCUCUCGCGAUCGGCUGCGUGGCCGGAGGAGCUCGGCAAGACCUUGGUCAAAGCCGGGACGCACGAGCUGGCGAUGCGCACGACCUUGAAGGAGCUGCGGAUCUGGAACAACGGGGAGAAGAUUCCGAGCCGACCAACUGUGAAUGGAGUUGCGAAGGCAUUCAAGCUGAGAAAGGAGUUGAUCGACGUGCGCGUGCUGAGGGGCACCGAGGAGAUACCACUACCUCGAGGAGCUGUACGGCGUAUCUACGCGAUGUACUCCAGCGAGGGCUUGCUGGCCGACUACUCGGAUGCCUACGCGGACGACUCGGAUUUCCAGACGAUCGACCUGGCGGAGAGGUAUCCCUCGGACACGGUCGUGGCGAUCUACGUGAAGGAGCCGAAAGUGCAGACGUCCUACCCCGCGACGGUCUUUGCCUAUGGAGCCACGCCGAAGGAGUUCAAGCCAGACGAUCGAGACGCAGACGCAGUACAUCGAGACCUACACGAAGAGGGGAAAGGCUUCGGGGAUAAGCCCCCGGACAUCACUACGGCCCAGUGGGGCGCUCUUCGGAAGCUCCACUUGAACCUGAGCCAUCCGUCUGCACACGCCCUCAAGCGACGCCUGAAGUCCUACGGGGUGUCGAAGGAGGUGCUCGAAGCGGUGGACAAGUUGGACUGCACCGUGUGCAAGGAGCUGGGCAGGCCGAACACCACGAGGUCAGCCAAUCUGAAGCUCUCGACGGAGUUCAACGAGAACGUGUUCCUAGACGAGGCUGAGGUGAUCCUCUCGGACGGGACGCGGCCGAUGGUCAUGGUUAUCCUGGACGACGCGUCGGGCUUCAGGGUGAUCGUUCCGACCGCAGCUGUGCGAUCGAUUACGGGCGAGGAGAGCCUACGGUGCUUCUCGCAAGGUUGGUUGUCGUGGGCAGGCCCUCCGAAGGUGCUCUACUACGACGCGGCGAAGGGCCACAUCACGAAGCGGUUCGCGGAGAUCGGUGACAAGUACAACAUCCUGAUGAGGCCUGUCCCGGCGGAGGCGCCUCAGCUGAAGGGAAGAGUCGAGCGUGCCAUCGACUUCUUCAAGGAUCAUUUCCAGCGCCUGAACCGCGACGUGCAGCUCACUAAGAACGACGAACCAACGGUAUGGACUUCAGUGAUAGCGAGCACGUGCAACAACCACAUACGACGCAACGGCUUCACGCCCUACCAGUACGUGAUGGGGAAGUCGCCCGGCACUCCGACUUCGCUGAUCGAGGCGAUGGAGGGCGACCAGAGGCAGCUGGCGGCACAGAGCGCGGCACUCUUCGAGGACGGGCCCCGGCGGGCCGAACAGAUUCGUGCAGCGGCGAACCGGGCGUUCUUCGAGCUGGACAGCGACGACGCCGUGAGGAGGGCCACUAUCGGCCGAGUCCGACCGCCACGAGGACCAUUUGUGCCGGGCCAGCUGGUGUUCUACUGGCGCGAGAUGAAGCACGUGAAGUCCAAGAGGCUCCAGGGCGAGCUGGGAUGGCGCGGCCCAGCCAUUGUGCUGGCGACGGAGGGCCACACGAGACUGCACCUGAGUUACCGAGCGGUGCCGGUGCUCGUGACGCCCGAGCAGGUGCGGCAUGCAUCACGCGACGAGGCGGAGCUGGUGGAGAACGAGGACCUGGUCAGGAAGCACCUGGAGCUCAACCUGGAGGGCUACCAGAAGUACCACCGCUACCCGGCGACGGGCCAGGACUUCAAGUACACAGACCAGCUUACGACCCACCUGCACCUGAUGCAGCUGGGCAGGGGCACUCCAUGGACCUGGGCGCAGCUGCUGUGCCAGGUAAUCCGCAUCAUGAACCUGAGCGAGCCGAACAGCCAGGAGGCUGCUAUGCGUUUGCCGCGGAUUCCUGACGAUCCCAGCGACCUUCCAAUGGGGGACGACAGCGCACUCUACGUCAAGGUGAGCCGCGCGGUGGAGAACCGCACGAGGGAUGCAUUCCUGGCAAUGAGGACCGAUACAGCCAAGAAACAGGUUGCACCUAAGAAAGGUCGAGAACUACGCAGCAUCCCGGCAGAGUGGAAGGAAGCAUCCGACGCGAGCGACCUGGACGAGUGGCGCAAGUGGAUCCAGUACGACGCCGUGGAAUGGCCGACGGAGGAGGAGCUCGCAGGGGUCGAGAAGACGGACGUCCUGCCGAUGCGGCGCGUCCAGACGGACAAGAACGAGCCGACGAGGGGCAACCUCUCGUGCGAGCAGCACCCGCUGAAGGCGAAGUCGAGGAACAUCGUCCCCGGGUACAAGGACAAGCAGCUGCUCGCCGGCGAGUUGCAGACGAACGCGCCCACGCACACGGACACGGCCACGGCGGUGAUUCUCCAGGAGGCGGCCAGCCAGGAGGGCUGGGCGCUGGAGCAGGGCGACGUCGACUCGGCGUUCCUAAAUGGGAAGUACCUCGACAGCUCACGACGUGUUUAUUUUCGAGCUCCCAAGGGCGGUCUACCGGCAGUCCCGGAGAUGGGCUGGCCAUUCGUGCCCGAGGGAACCAUCCUGAAAGCGAAGAAGGGGAUCUACGGGCUGAACGACGCACCUUUACUGUGGCACGAGGAGCACCGUGACACCAUCCUGUCAUUGCCCGGGGCUUCGAGAUCCAAGCUGUGCCCGGCUCUCUUCAUCUUCCACGACGAGAACGGGAAGCUGAUCGGCCUCAUCGGGACUCACGUGGAUGACGGCCUGGUCGCGGGUUCGCCCGAGUUCUUCGCGAAUCAGGUGGCGAUGCUGAGGAAGAUACACUGCUACGGCAAGCGGCAGUCUGCGCGGACAGGGUUUCACCACUGCGGGCGCUUCCUCAAGCAGAACGACGACGGCACCAUCACGUGCAGCCAGAGGGAGCACACGGAGAGCAUCGGGAGGAUUCCUAUUUCGGCCGAGCGCCGGAGGAACAAGGAAGCGAAGGCCACGGCUGAGGAGAGGGCGUUGCUCCACAGCGGCAACGGCCAGAUCCAGUGGCUGGUGCGCUCUACGCGUAUGGACUUGGCGUUCCGUCUGGUGGAGAGUCAGACGAGGGCUCACGACAGCGACCUGAAGGUGCAGGACCUGCUCGAUUUCAACAAGCUGGUGAGCGACGCCAAGACAGACCACGUGGACAUCACUUUCCAGAAGAUCAACAUGGACGAUGCAAUCGUGGUGGCCAUCGGGGACUCAAGUCACGGCAACGUGGGCAAGACGAAGACGGCGAGCCAGGCCGGACUGGUCAUCCUGCUAGCGGACAACAAGGACAACAAGUUCCUGCGCGGGAUGCCUACCAAGAUCACCCCCAUGCUGUGGCGCUCACACCGCAUUAAACGUGUGGUGCGCAGUACCCUUUCGGCCGAGACGACGGCAGCUUUGGAGGCGGUCGAGAGUGGCGACAUGCUGAGGCAGCACCUGGUGGAACUACACUACGGACUGGGCUACCGGACCCACAUGGAGGACGUCAAGGCGAUUACCAUGGUGGAGGUCACGGAUUGCAAGUCUCUCUACGACCUGCUGCAGAAGCGCGGCACGGUUCCCUCCGAGAAGCGGCUGCUCAUCGACAUCGAGGCGCUCAGGAACGAUAUCGAGGUCAACAACGUGGUGAGCAAGUGGGUGAACACCAAGCAGAUGCUCGCCGACUGCCUCACCAAGCACGACGUGCGCGCUGGCGACUACAUGAGGUACGUCCUGCAGACGGGCGAGUACCGGCUGACCGAGGACCUCAUGGCGGACCAGGUUAUCCAUAAGCAACGGACGGAGCUCAAGGGACGCAGGGGGGAGUACUACCGCACGAAGUACCCCAAGCGACAGCGACCUGCCGAUCAGCCUUUCGUGCACGAGGGCUACACGUACUUCGAGGACUGCAUCGCAGACGUGAGGUACAACGAGAAGGUCGUCCAACCUGCUCCGAAGCCAUACCUACGUUGGCGGAUGAUGCUGGGCCAGCGCGAGAACGAUAUCUACUACGAGAAGCUCGAGGAGAUGGUCGACUGGUCUGGCCUGGACCAGGUGGCGAAGCGUCGGACGAUCCCGACGCACGUGCGUAAGUUGCUGACGGUCUACGCACCGACCAAGGGGGCCCUCGAGCGCUACGAGAAGGACUUUGCAGAGAAGCACACCAUCAAGAAGCCAGAUGCGACUGAGGAUCCAGAGGACAAGGAGGAGUUGAAUGUCACAUCGGAGAUGGAAAUGUAUGUGGAGUCAGACGUGAAUGCCAAGCUGGAUUGCACCGACGACACGAAGGAGAUCUACAUGAUGGACGCGACGGGGGCCGACGCUGAGGAGAUCAGAGCAAGCCCACAGGGAGGUGCAGCUGCGGCGUGGACUACCAUGGUAGUAUGUACUGUGUGUCGCAUGACGGUGGACCAGUGCGAGUGCGGACCGAGGACACGGAAGAAGCCGCACAAGGACAAGGCCGAAGACAAGAAGGUCCCCAGCGACAUAGACGAAGGCAGCUGGCAAGAAGUCCCGAGUGUACGCGCCACAUCGGCGACACCGCCGACGCCAUCUAAGAAACUUAUGCAGAAGGCAUACCGUCUACACGAGAAGACCGGACACGCUCCCUACGAGAAGAUCGAGAGUGACUUCGGAGACGUGCUGGAGGACGGAGUUCUGGAGGCGUACCGUAUGGUGAUCGACGAAUGUGCAGUGUGUCGGAAGGCAACCCAGGAAGCUGGCAAAACCAAGUACACCAAGAAGUCAAGUCCCACGAACACGAAGUACAGGACGAAGGACCAAAGCAAGUACAUCGACCCCGACCUGUGCGAGCACCCGACGGACAAGCAAACGAGAGCAGGGACCAACCAGUACAAGGAGAAGAUUAAGUGCACCGAGUGCGGGACCCUACUCGUGGACCGCGACACGCCAUGGUGGAGCGAGGAGAAAGUACUUCGGGCGCAGGCCAAGGCGGCGAAGGCACAGAUGGAGAGACAG